AGAACGCCUUGCUUUUUCACGACAGCCGGAGCCGAGAGUGCCGUAAAGCAUUUCUUCUCAACACAUGGUUUGGCUGGACACCAUGGAGUCCAAACCAAGGAAGAAAUCAUUCAACCUUAAAGAUGGAAAGAAAGCUGGAUUUAAAGGGAAGGGCAAACCUGAGGGAAAGUCUGCUGGGAAACCUGCUUUUAAACCUCGCAACUUGGAUAAAAAGAAAACCUUUUCAAAACCAGGAGGGAAAGGAGGACCAAAGAAAUUCUUCAAGCAAAAGCCAACAGAAGGAAAGAUGACAAAGAAGAGAAAACUGUCAGAAGACCAUAAAAGCUCAGACGAAGGCUCAGAGGCAAAGAAACCCAAGUGGAAUGAGUUCAAACAAAAGAAGAAAGAGUUGAAACAAAACCGACAGCAGAACGAUAAGAAAGAGACCUACCACAUAGUGACCAGAGCCAAACAAGUGUGGGAGAUAGUCAGAAGGAAAGACUGUGACGCAGACAAGAGAGCAAAGUUGAUGAAAGAACUGCAGGAGCUUGUACGGGGCAAGAUAAAGACGAUUGCAUUUGCCCAUGACUCGACUCGAGUGCUUCAGUGUUUCAUACAGUUUGGGAACGACAAGCAGCGACAAGAGAUCUUUGAUGAACUUAAAGAUCACAUGGUGGAGUUGAGUAAAUCCAAAUAUGCAAGGAACAUUGUAAAGAAAUUUUUAAUGUAUGGGAACAAGAAACAGGUCGCAGAGGUGAUGGUGGCCUUUAAAGGGAAGGUCAGACAGAUGCUCAGACACUCGGAGGCUUCGUCUGUGGUUGAGUAUGCUUACAACGACAAGGCCAUCCUCUCCCAGAGACUCAUGCUUACAGAGGAGCUUUAUGGAAACACGUUCCAAGUCUGCAAGUCCUCAGUGUGUCCUACGAUAGAAAAGGUCCUGGAGAACAAUCCAGAUAAAGUGGAGAGCAUCAUGGAAGAAAUGAAACAGAUCCUCACACCUAUGGCUCAAAAAGAAGCUGUCAUUAAACAUUCACUUGUCCACAAAGUAUUCCUCGACUUCUUCCUCCACGCACCAGAGAAACAGCGAACAGAAAUGAUUGAGUCUAUAAGGGAAUCAGUGGUGUACAUGGCACACACACAUGAUGGCGCGCGUGUAGCUAUGCACUGCUUGUGGCACGGCACAGCCAAGGACAGGAAGGUUAUUGUGAAAACCAUGAAGACGUACAUGGCCAAGUUUGCAACGGGAGAAUACGGACACUUGGUGCUACUCGCAGCUUUCGACUGUAUCGAUGACACCAAACUGGUCAAGCAAGCAAUUAUAUCAGAGCUGGUGAGUUCCCUGGAAGAGGUCAUCAGUAAUAAACACGGCAAGAAGGUGCUGCUGUAUUUGCUUAGCCCUCGAGACCCGGCUCACCUGUUACCUGAAAUUGUGCAGCUGCUGGAGAAGGGGGAUGGCAAUGCCCAUAGUAAAAAGGACAUGGCCGUGAGGAGACGAGAGCUCUUAGAAGCCAUUUCUCCUCCUCUGCUGCAGUACCUGUGUGAGAACACUCACUCCAUGGUGAUGGAUAAAGCCUGCAGCGUAGUAGUCAGUGACAUCCUGGGAGCCGCCGUCGGUGACCUCCGACCGGCCAUGGAAGCCGUAGCCCGACUGGCAGCUGAAGACUUUGUGUCCGGCGGUGUGGAAGGACAGCUGCACAUGGCUGAACACCCUGCUGGUCAUCUUGUGCUGAAAUGGCUGAUUGAGCAGGACUCUAAGAUGAAAGCAUCCGAGCGAGAGGAGCGUUUCUCCCGGAUCCUCCUGGAGACGGUGGGGUUAGAAAAGCUGAAAACAUGGGCUUCAGUCAACCGUGGAGCCAUUGUGCUGUCAUGUCUCCUCCAGAGUGCAGAGGAAGGUGUUGCACAGGAAGUAAAGGCUGCUUUACAGUCCAUUCUAACUGACCUACAAAAAGUCCAAAACUCAAAAGGAGUGGAGACUCUACUGGAGAAACUGGCCUAGUAAAAUGUUGGUACUGAUGCACACUGCUUUUAUACACUGCAUCUUGCUGGGACAUCGAGACGGUGAUGUGAAUUCUCAGCUGAAAAUCUGUUUCCCCUGUCCUCUCCUCAGUGGGACUUCGCGUAAUUAGGCCCAGUUUGUAAGUAAGCAAGAGGACCUCAGCUGCGUAGUGUAAUGAUUUUUGUAACUCUUUGUUUCAAUUGUUUUUUCAUUUGAAUCGUUCACCCUGGGAUUAUAUGUAUUUAAAUAAGAAAUACAUGAUCUCACACACACAGAUUGUUGCAUUGGUCAUUAUGUCAAGCUUGUUUAACUGUUUAAUAUUAUGUUUCAAGAUGAUAGGAAAUAUAUUUCACCUAAAGUAGAAUUCAGUUGCUCUAUUGUGAAACAUGAAGACUUUAACCGAUUCAAAGGAUUGACAACAAAUUGUGUUGAAGCACAAAACUACUUUUUAUGCAAAAAAAAAAAAAAAAUGUUUGUGUAGGUGCUUGUAACUAUUUCCAAUAACUAUAUAUCCACAUGUCCUGCUAAAUUUGCAUGCAUGCACACUCACCAGAAAAUGGGUUCUGUUGUCCUUCCCCACGCCCAUCUGUCUUCACGGAAUCUGCACCGUUCGUGUCCUUAUGUUCAAGGGUUAAUCUUUUAAGGAUCUUGUGCUUACAUGAGCAUCAGCUUUAAAUUAUUUGCUGUUUCAUUUGUCUGUCUCGUUACUUUAUUCAAUGGAAAGUCUCGAACUUUAGUUUUAGUUUGUCAUGUUGUUUUUUUUUUUUAAUCAAACAACUGUUCUGGCGCUGCACAGUAUAAUUUAGUUUUUUCCCAGCAGGAAUGGUUUUCUAAAGACUUUUCUACUUUGUCAGGCACAGCAACCCUGUUGCUUGAGAAAAUCAUUUUAUAUUAAGCAUAAAUCGGCUUUUGCAGAUUGAAUCUUGUGCAGAUGUUCGUAAAGGUAAAGAGAACUAGUCAUGGCCAGAGUUUGGCCCUUGAACUCAUUAUAUAUAUAAUCAGCCAUUCACACAGGAUUAUUUCAUUUUAUUUUCAUGGAGUGACCUUAUGACUUGUUUCUUAGAAAAUUAAAACCCAACAUGUGCAUCAUUAUGUUAAAACAAUUA